AUGAACGGAGUCGCCAAUCCAGAUACCGACGCUAGCUCAAACCGGCUCUUCCAGCCCAUUAGGGUCGGAGAGCUGGAGCUUGCUCAUCGCGUCGUAAUGGCGCCACUCACCCGUCUGCGUGCGAACGCUCGAGGCGUUCACGGAGAACUCGCGGUCGAAUACUAUUCUCAGCGCGCUUCGUUCCCUGGCACGCUCCUUAUAUCCGAGGCUACGAGUGUCUCCCGCUUCGCGGAAGGGAGGGGUCCCAACUCUCCCGGGGUAUGGAAUGACGAGCAAAUCGCUGCGUGGAAGCGGGUGGCGGAUGCUGUCCAUGCGAAGGGGUCAUACAUCUACAUGCAGAUAUGGGCUCUCGGUCGUGCCGCACGUCUCGCAUACAUCCGCGAGAGAGAUCCCGACUUCCAGUAUGUCUCCUCGUCUGAUGUGCCUCUUGGCGGCAGAGAGGAGGACAUCCCAAGGCCUUUGACCGUUGAUGAAAUUCAGGAGUAUGUUUCCGCAUUCGCACAAGCAGCGCGCAAUGCUGUGUUCUCCGCAGGGUUUGACGGCGUCGAGAUCCAUUCGGCGAACGGGUACCUGCUCGACCAGUUCAUUCAGGACACAUGCAACAGAAGGACCGACGAGUAUGGAGGCUCUAUCGUUAAUAGGUGUAGAUUCCCCCUUGAAGUUGUCGAUGCAGUUUCUAAGGCUGUUGGGGAGUCGAAGACGGCGAUUCGCCUUAGUCCUUGGAGUCCGUUCCAGGACAUGCGCAUGGCCGACCCGGUCCCGACAUUCCAGUAUCUCGUCUCACGCUUGGCGACAGAUCAUCCCAAUCUCGCAUACCUACAUGUUGUAGAGCCUGGGCUCAGUGGGCUGAAUAACGUAGAGCCUAAACCAGGAGAGUCGAACGAGUUCAUUCGCAAGAUAUGGCUCCCGAAGCCGCUCGUCACCGCGGGAGAUUACACCCGGGACUCCGCGUUAAGGGUGGCAGAAGAAACCGGGCAGGUGAUCGCAUUCGGUCGCUCGUACAUCAGCAACCCUGAUCUCCCCUUGCGGCUGCUCAAGAACAUACCCCUGACGGAUUGGGAUAGAGAGUUGUUCUAUGUCUUGGAGAGUCCGCACGGUUAUAUCGACUACCCGUUCGCCGACGAUGUAAAGUCGUGA